AUGCCCUUUGGUUUGUUCGAUGCCCGGCUACUUUCCAACGACUCGGAAUCGGUUCUACAUGGUAUGCGAUGGACGUCGUGUCUGGUGUAUUUGGACCACGUAACUGUGUUUGGACGUACAGUAGGGGAACACAUGGACACAUUGAAAGACGUGCUUAGCCACUUAAUAGACGUGGGGUUUAAAAUGAAGAAAAUCAAAUGCCCGUGGGUGUGGACCCCAGUGUGUGAGAGAGCAUUCGACGAGUUCAAGAAACGACUCUCCAACGCACCAUUUCCAAAAUACCCUCAGUUAGACGUCGAGUUAACACUAGUGGGGAAAGCAUUGGGGCAAUGUUGGCUCAGGUUCAGGUCCAAGUCGGUAAAGGAAGGCGUUGUCGCAUAUGCCAGCCAAUCGUUGACGAAGCCGUAG